CUCCGACCUAUAUAUACGUACCGGCUGGACCACUUCACACAGUGCCAUUUGGAUUGUCAAAGUAGUUGCCGAUUUCGUAAUAGCCAAAAUGAAAGUGUCCGUGUCCGUGUUGGUCCUGCUGGCGGCGUGCGCCGUGACCUUGGCGGUGGAGCAGCUGCCGGCUCCCGCGCAGAAGACCACCGUCCUCAACCCCGUCACUAACACCAAGAACCAGGGCGCCGUCCAGGAAGAGAACAGGGACAAGAGGAGUUUAGGUUUAGGACUCGGAGCUCUCGGCCUUGCGGGCGCUCUCGGCCUCGGCGCCGCCGCCGUCGUGGGGGCUAAGGCCGGUAUCGUGGGUGGAGCCCUAGCCGGCGGUCUGGCCGGCCACUGGGCCUCCCAGGGCAGAAGCUACGGCGGCUACCCCGUGCACUACACCUCGUACAACUCCUACAACACCUACCCCGUGUACAGCUCCUACCCCGUAUACGCGUACGGGUCAUACCCAUACGGUUACGGCUACUACAAGAAAUGAGGACACCCCACAUCUGACUGACCGAUCAUUUUGUAAAUAAAAUAUUUUUUAAA